UGCCACAUAGAACGCACGUCAUUUCGUGAUCGAAAAAUACAUUGAAAAUGUUCGACAUAGAUCCUGAAAAGUUGAUCAAAGCAAUAAAAACGCGUCCAGCACUUUAUAACAAGAAUGACAAAUUGUACCACAGCCAUAGAAAGCACAAAGAGAAGAUAUGGCGCGAAAUAUGCGAGGAGAUGCACGGGAAUUGGAGUCAAUUGAGCCAACUGCAUAAGAUUGAAUAUGUCCGAGAAAUCCAGAAACGUUGGAAGAGCUUGCGGACUUGUUUCACAAGGGAGCUGGCGUUACAAAAGAAGGAAAACAUAAAACGGGAGUCCGACCAACACGUGAAAAGAAGGAAGAGGUAUGAAUAUUUCAACAAUUUAUUAUUUCUUAUGGAUUCAACAGAUGGCAUUGAAGAAGUUAGAGAUAGUGACGACUCAGCGGAUCCUUUAGAUAAUAGCUACCAGUCGGAAGAAAUGAUUUAUGAUUAUAACGAAUCGUCGAGUGACCUUAAAAACAUUCAAAGAAUGAAAAUCGAGAAUCCACCAGAACAGCAGUAUCAUCCAACGCAAAUAGUCUACGAAAGAAGCAAUACUUUAGAAGAAAAAAUAAUAGAUAUGUUGAAGGAUAUAAAGAAAGAUGAAGACGAUGAAGACAGGCAGUUCAUGUUGUCUUUGGUACCAAGUUUAAGGAAGCUCAAUGCGAAACAGAAAUUGACUGCGAGGAUCGAAAUGCUAAAAGUAUUGCAAAGUGUAACGUUCCAGCAAGAUUAGAUAGAAUUUGUGAUAAUUGAGGUUAAAUUAAGAUUGAAUUAUAUCAUAGAUUUAAGAAUGUUAUAUUGUA